CAGAAAGUGGUAAGCCAUCUAUCUGGGUCAGGUGAAGUUUUUGCUGAAUCGGGUAGUUGAUGACCUGGUUUUAAGUGGUGGCAGAAGCUGGAGGUGACAAAUCUACACACUCGUUUGACAGAGUAUCAGUAUUUAAAUGUGGUAAAUCAGCACUAAUUCUGUUUGUGACAAAUCUUGUUAGUAACAGUGUAAGCAUUUUACCUGGAUUCACAACAUGAGAUGGAAUCAGAAAUGACAAAUGCGUAAACACGAGGAAAUCCGCUCCGCUCCUGUAACCCAAAUCUGAAGCGUCCAGUAAUCAGACACACGCAGUCAGCAGCCGAUUCUGACCGCGAGCGCCUCAUCAAAGCACGUGGAAGCUCCACGCAUGCUUUCAAACAGGGCGGUGUCGAAUCCCCACGUCACACGUGUGGGAAUUUUCAAGGCAUCACACAUCGUCUGAGGAGUAUAAAUGUUACCGGUUGUGUUUCGGAGACGUGAUGAUGGUGAUGAUGAUGGUGAUGAUGAGCUCACUGUCUGGGAGCAGAAUGCGCACGAGCGUCCUGUCGGUGCUCACCCUGGCCACGCUCGUGCGCUUUUGUCCAGGUGAGGAGAGUGCAAGGUGUGCACAGGUGAGCUGUCUGGCGAGCUGUCUGCCUCUGCCCAUGAUGAAGGACAUGAUUAACACUCUGAAGAGCACCAGCAAGCCCUGGCCUAGUGACAGCAGACGCCACAAAAGAUAUUUGCCAAAGUUCUAUGUCAAGAAGCUGAACAUCGCAGACAUAAACAAGAUGCUAGGAAUCUAUGAAGAUCACAUAUUCAAGAACCUGUGGAGCCACGACAUAGAGUAUCCCGAGAGAUUUAUCCAUUCCUUCUACAGACUAAGAGUCAAUGUGAAACACUGUAAAGAUCGUAGUCAAGCAGAACUCACUCGCUAUGCAAGGAAGAAGAUCAAGGGAAUGGAAGAGGCUUUCAAAAAGCUGCAAUUGGAAGAGCUGUCAAAAGCAGCAGGGGACUUUGAGACAAUUCUGCGCUGGAUCAGUCUGUACACUGACAAAAAGCUGUCACAUAGCAAAUGCCAGUAGCUGGUGGCUAUAAACUGAGUCAGUAUACUGUAGAAACAGAUGGAGAGAUCGGGCUGGGUGAUAUGACAAAAAAACAUCAUAUAAAGAAUACCAAUCAAAAGUUCAGACACGCGCGUUACUAUGAAUGUGUGUGUGUGUAUAUAUAUAUAUAUAUAUAUAAAAGUGGCAAAGAUUGUUUGUCUUGAGCCAACGUCGGCAUUUCUCAAUGGAUUUUCACCAAAUUUGGCAAGUAGGCCUUGUGAUGACCCAGAAUUUUGUAGAUAUAAACAAAAUUCAUAUACAGGCGCCAGGGAGGUCCCUGGGGGCACAACAUUCACCCACUCCCUCCCUCAAUGCCUUUCACGUUACAUUUAUCAACACAAACUCUCAACAGAUCUUCACUAAAGUUGGCACGUAGGUACAGGAGAUUGCCACAAUUUGGCAAAACUCAGAAAUUCCAUAUUUGAGCCCCAGGGGGUCCCCUGUGGGCCUCUGGGUGGUGGAUGUUUGGAUUUUUGUUUGCCUUGGGUUAACAUCACCAUUUCUUAAUGGUUCUUCACCAAAUUUGACAUGGAAGUCUGGGGGCAACCCAGAAUUUUGCAAAACCCAGGCAACGUUGGGUAACCUGCUA